GCUGGUGGGGGGGCGCGGCGGCAACAGACACGGCGCCGAAACACCAAAAAGCAGGCGCCACGAGGCAUCGGGUGGCCCCCGGGGGGCGAUCCUGCGGGCGGCAUUUCCAGAGACCAGGGCGUCGAACUACUUGGCUUGUCUAGGGGGGUUUGCCUUGCGAUGGUGGGGGGGCGCGGGUGGCGGGUUAAAGGUGCUUUGGGCGCUUCCCUUUCGCAAGUCUUGCGCCAACUACGCCGAGAAAGUCAUUAGCCACCUUCCCUUGGUAAAGGGGGCUUUUCAUGUGCGAAGUGUGGGGCGGGUCUGGCGUUGUGAAACGGCAAUGUUGUGCGCGUCUCUUCCUUCCCCCCCUUCGGGAAACCAAGGCGCAGACUGCUGGGCAAGGUGGCGGUGGAAGGCAUGGAAGGCCUGGCUUUUCGGACCAUGCAUGCAUCAGACGUGCGACGAAGGUAUUUGCUUCCAUACAAAUUUUUUUGAAGGAUUCUGA